UCUUGCAGUUGCGGCCCACACUCAAACUUCGUGACAUCGUCCUUUCCCAUUUACUACGACCACGAUCACCAAUUCUUUUGACAAAACAACAACACACCUUCUUCUCUUUCAACCAUCUUCUUUUUUAUCAACCACGAAUUAUCAACGUCGUGAAUCUUACUUUAAUACAUCCCUUCAUCAUUCUCGAGAUUUUAAUUAUCACGAGAAUUAACUCACCGCCAUAUUCCACACCUCUUUUAUUUGACUAAACGUCUUAAUUAUCAGCCAUGGAAGGUAAGCUUCAACCCGACACCUACAUUGGAUACACAUCCUUUGCGCAGAUAUCUGCAUAAUGAUGAGCGUCUGCUAAUAUCAUUUAUCAAUCAACAGAAGAAGUCGCAGCCCUCGUCAUUGACAAUGGGUAAGCUCUUAGAAUCCUAAAAUCCAACAAAGUGGUCGUGAGCCUUGAAAGAUCGAGGGGUAGCUAUUGGAAGGAAUUAACAACCGACCGAUAUCAACCUAUAUCUCUACAAUGGCGAAGAUUGCAGGUUUGAGAAGAAUGAGGCUGAUGGAUUUUGUAGUUCUGGAAUGUGUAAGGCCGGUUUCGCCGGUGAUGACGCUCCAAGAGCUGUUUUCCGUAAGUAGACUAUCCUUGCAGGCAACUGCUACAUCCUUGAUUUCCAUCAAGAUCGUUCAUCGACAAUAAUCGUAAUCAGCUGGAAAUAUCUCUAACAUACCAUACAGCUUCCAUUGUCGGUCGUCCCCGUCAUCAUGGGUAAGAAAUCCAUCCAUACCACACCCCGCCAUUUCCCCCACAACUCGUGUCACUCGAACAAAAACUGAUAAAGGAUGUUGUAGUAUUAUGAUCGGUAUGGGUCAAAAGGACUCAUAUGUUGGAGAUGAAGCGCAAUCCAAGCGUGGUAUUCUUACACUCAGAUACCCAAUCGAGCACGGUGUCGUCACCAACUGGGAUGAUAUGGAGAAGAUCUGGCAUCACACUUUCUACAACGAACUUCGUGUAGCACCAGAGGAGCACCCAGUUUUACUUACUGAGGCCCCAAUCAACCCAAAGUCCAACAGAGAAAAGAUGACACAAAUUGUUUUUGAGACCUUCAACGCCCCAGCGUUCUACGUUUCUAUCCAAGCCGUCCUCUCCCUUUACGCUUCCGGUCGUACCACCGGUAUCGUUCUCGAUUCCGGUGAUGGAGUUACUCACGUCGUCCCAAUUUACGAAGGUUUCUCACUUCCUCACGCCAUUGCUCGUGUUGACAUGGCUGGUCGUGAUUUGACUGAUUACCUCAUGAAGAUCUUGGCUGAGCGUGGUUACACUUUCUCCACCACUGCCGAACGUGAAAUUGUCCGUGAUAUUAAGGAGAAGCUCUGUUACGUCGCUCUUGACUUUGAGCAAGAAAUUCAAACCGCCAGUCAAUCUUCCAGUUUGGAGAAGUCAUACGAACUUCCUGAUGGACAAGUUAUUACCAUUGGUAACGAACGUUUCCGUGCUCCAGAAGCUUUGUUCCAACCAUCUGUCUUGGGUCUUGAGAGCGGUGGUAUCCACGUCACUACCUUCAACUCCAUUAUGAAGUGUGAUGUUGAUGUUCGUAAGGAUUUGUAUGGUAACAUUGUUAUGGUAAGAUUUUCCCAUCUGCGAAGGUUUUAGGAUAAUAUGCUAACUAUUUAUGACAGUCUGGUGGAACCACCAUGUACCCAGGUAUCUCCGAUCGUAUGCAAAAGGAAAUUACUGCUCUUGCACCAUCAUCGAUGAAGGUCAAGAUCAUUGCCCCACCCGAGAGAAAAUACUCCGUCUGGAUUGGUGGUUCUAUUUUGGCAUCUUUGUCCACUUUCCAACAGAUGUGGAUCUCAAAGCAAGAGUACGACGAGUCCGGACCCUCCAUUGUCCACCGCAAGUGUUUCUAAGGUAUGUAAUUCUACGUGAUUCCUGUUGUGAGGAAUGUAGCUAAUUUAUCGCUAUAAUAGCGUAUCGCAGUCGAUUUGUGUUUACAUCACGAACCUGGCGAAUAUGAUAAAAAAGAAGAUUCGAACAAAACAUCAACCCCCAGUGUUUUGUUUCACUGCGAAGUGUUAUCCCGAAAAGUUCUGGUAGCGGUUGAGCGACUGGGUGAUCUCUUCCGAAGUAGUGGAUGGGCUUUGAUCUAGCUGAUUGUUUGCUCGGAAGGGGGGACUCAAAAUGUCGUAUCAAUCAUACAAAGCUUUUUUUCUUACUUUUUAGUGGUGCCAACUUCUUACAUGUGUUUUUGAGCUGCACCUUUUUUGUUCUUCAUUCAUAGCGCGAGAAAUUUUCUUCUCUAGAGAAUCAAAUUAAAAAGUAGUACACUGAUUUAUAAUUGAGUUUAUUAUA